GGCCUUGUGGCUUCUGAGGGGUGAGCACGGGUGCUGUUGCCUCUGCUGAAUCUCAGCAUUGCUGCUGCCACCGCUUUUCAUCAUGACCACUCCAUCUGCUACUCCGCCUUUCCUGGCGGGACAGCUAAUGGUAUUUGUCAGCUUGACAGAACCUAGACUCGGGCAGGGAAAUGGACCUCCCAUGUCCUUACCUUAAUUGUGUUAACUGCUGUGGGAAAUCGUUUCCUAGCUGGCAGAGCCAUUCCCUGUGCUGCAGCUUCUUGGCCUUUUAAAACGGGGCUGGUAAACCGCACUAGCAUGCAUUCACUCCUCACUGUUUCCUUGUUGUGGACGUCACGUGACCCUCGGUUCCAGGCUGCUGCCGCCUUGACUCCCCCGCAUGAUGGACUGUACACUUGAACUGUGAACCACAAUAAUCCCUCUCUCCCCUGCUUGGCUUUUGUCAGGGCAUUUUAUCAGAGCCACGGGAAAAGUAACUGAGACACUUUGGUGGUCACUAUCAGGGGGACUCAACAGCAUCUAAAGGUAUGCCUUGGGCCAGGCAUACCAGCUCCUUAAAAAGUACAUUUAUUUUCAUUUAUUGGUGGCAGGUGGCACGCACGUACCGCUGCAUGCGUGUGAAGGUCAGGAGACAAGUUGUGAGAGUUGAUGUUUUUCCUGCUACUAUGUGGGUUCCAGAGAUCAAACGUCAGGCUUGGUGACAAGCACCUUCCUUCACCUGUGGAGCCAUCUGCCAGCCUUGGUCACAGCCUGUGAUCCCAGCUUCCCCAGAGGCUGAGGGCUGCCCCUGUACAUGAAGUCCCUUCGAUGGGCUCUGGUGAUCAUGGCUGUGUUCCUGGCUGUCUGCACUGUAGCCAUUGUGGCACUGGCCUCUAGAGGCGGAGCCAGGUGCCAGCCAUGCCCUCGAGGCUGGUUGUGGUCUCAGGAACACUGUUACUACCUCUCUGAAGAAGCCCAGGACUGGGAGAGCAGCCAGGCAUUCUGCUCAGCCCACCAUGCCACACUGCCCCUGCUGAACCACACCCAGGACUUCCUGAGAAAAUACCAAAUCACCAAAGACUCCUGGGUGGGGGCCCAACGAGGCCCUGAAGGCUGGCACUGGACUGAUGGGGUCCCCUUGCCACCCCAGCUGUUCCCAGAGGACAGUGAGGAUCACCCAGACUUCAGCUGUGGGAGUCUGGAAGAAGGCAGGCUCGUGGCUCGGGACUGCAGCUCUCCCAAACCCUGGGUCUGUGCCAGGAGGGUCAAGUGACUUAGUGUCCUGUGGUAGCCCUGUCUGGAGCUGCGUUCAUUGCUUUUGCUUUGGUGGAACCAAAGUACCUGAAGAAAUGACUUCCAGGAGGCAGAAAUUACCAGGCUCGUGCUUUCAGAAGGCUGCACCUGGCAGAGCUGCUCAUUCCAUAGCAGCAGGAGCACGUGCCAGCAAAUUCAUGUUCCUGGGGGUCCAGAAGAAGAGGGAGUGCCUGAGCCAGGCCUGCCACUGUUGACGUACCUCAACAGACCAGGCUCUACCAUGUAAAGCUCCCACAGUCCCCAAAUCCAUCACUAGGAGCUGGGGACAAGCUGAUUGGGGACAUUUCAGAUUAUUCCUGUAAUGUCCCCUGAGGACUCAUGACUGUCUUGUUUCAUUUCUGAGACAGGAUCUCUGUGCAACCCUGGUUGGCCUGGAGCUUACUGUGUGGUCAAGGGUGGCCUCAAGUUCUUGGACAACCCUCCCCAAGUACACGGUUGUAUGCCACCACACCCAGCCUAUGGCUAACCCCUAAUGCAAAAUCCAUUCAGUUCAAUUUUAGGAGUUAACAUAGUCUUAACAGUUCCAGCAUUGCUAAAAGUCCAAAGACUCCUCUGAGAUCCCAAGCAAAAUAUUAGCUUUGAGGGGCUGGAGAUGGCUCCAUGGAUAAGAACAUUGGCUUUUCUUCCGGAGGACCGGGGUUCGAUUCCCAGCAUCCACAUGGCAUGUCUGUAACUCUAGUUCUGGGGCAACCGGCACAUGCAGACAAAACAACAAUGCACAAAAAAAUAAAAAAAUUUUAAAAAAUUUUAGCUUUAAACAAAUGAUAUACUUCUAAUAUGCAAUAACAGAAUAAAAUUCCCAUUCCAAGAGGGAGAGAAAGAGAGGAACUUCUGGGUUGGCCGGUGGGUUGAGGUGGAUAGACCCACUCUAAAUGCGAUUGGCACUGUUCCAUGGGCUGGGGUUGUGCUGUGAAUAAAGAUGAAUCGAGCACCA